GGAUAUCUGUUGGAAGCUGCCUUGCCAAGCCUUAGCAAUCCCAAGUGGAAGUUCUACAGACUUAGCAAUGGCUCACAAACUGAGCAUCACCAACUUGAAGAAGGUCAGUGUGAGAGAUUCGAUCAUUGUGAAGGGGAGGGUGGCACCAUGCUCCAGGAGCUUUUCCAUCAACAUGGGCCGAGAUGACUCGACUUACCUGAUUCAGUUUAACCCUCAGUUUCAGUGUCAGGAGGUUAUUUACAAGUCCAAGAAAUCUGGAACGUACAGUCAGGCCACGAGGGAUACAGUCUUCCCAUUCCAGCAGAAUACAGAUGUAGAGAUCACUUUCAACUUUAACGGCAAUAAGGUGACUGUAGAUUAUCCUGGGGGCCAUCAGUUCCAUUACAGCAGUGAUGUAAACCUGGACCACAUCGCUUGCAUCUCAGUGGACGGAGACUUCGAGGUCAACUCUAUCGAUCUGAAAUGAGUUCAGUAGUGUACCUCUUUUCGGGCUACAAACAAGCCUGCAAAUAAACCAGUAUUGGCU